CAAUAGUCAAGCAACUGACCACGUCUUCUCCUACAAACCACCAGCUUUUCUGAGUGGCAAAAUCAUGCAAUCUCGCGGAUCAAAAAAAAUAAAAAAUAAAAAUCAUGCAAUCUCUUCCUUUCUCUCUCUCUAUUUCAAAAUGUGCAGUAGAUCCUGAGAAUCUUGUUAGAGUAAUACACAACAUAUAACAAGAAAACAAGAAUGGGGCUUAGGGCUCUCCCUUUGUCACCCUCACAAAAUGGGUUCUUUCCUAAUUCUGGAAUAACCCAAUUAGGAGUAAACCAGAACCUGACCAAACAUGGUGCAAUUCAAAGAAGACCCAAAUUCAGAAGGGUUUCAGCCAAAUUGGAGAAUGAAGAAGAAGAACCCAAGAAGGAUAAGCAAUCCUUGUUUGGGAUGGUGACAGAUGCCCUUGAUUUUGCCCAAGCAAGGUCAGAGGAGGAUGCCCAGCUUCUAGAGGAGGCUAGAGAAGCCACCAAGUCUGGAGAGAAAAUGAGCAAGGAACAGUAUGGAGCUCUUAGGAGGAAGAUUGGUGGGACAUACAAGGAUUUCUUUAAAUCUUAUAUUGAAGUGGAUGGACAAUAUGUUGAAGAAGGUUGGGUGGACAAAACAUGCAAAAUUUGCAAGAAAGAUACCAGGGGUGAACCAAGGCAAGUGGACAAGAUGGGCAGGUAUGCUCAUGUGGCUUGUUUGGAAAAGCCUGAUUCCGGCAACUUCUUUACCAGACUCUUCUCCAGAUGAAAGAGGAGAGCUCGCUCGACUGAAGAACAUUGCAGCUUGUAUGACUCCAGAUUUCUACAAAGAGAUCACAGAUUUUCUGUUUUGAAUUAAUACACGAUGUUGUGGACCUGUGGUCGUUUGGAAUUGAUGACAGUAAUCAUUUUUUA